AUGACCAUCUGGACUUGGACAUCUGCAAAACAAAUUGACACCCUUCUCGACUUGUGGGCAGCAUCAUUGAUCAAGCAUAAUGAUGCUCCACCAUUCACAGGUCAUCGUGACUUAUACGACACCAUCGAUGCAACACCACUUGGUGAUGUUCCAUGGAAGAUAUUCUCCAUGUCCCACAAUGACUGGGCAUGGAGCCAAGCAGACAUCAUUGCUCAAAAUGAAGCGAAUCACAGAUCAACUUUCAUGCCUCUAAUAAUCACCACAGGACAUACUGAAUAUCAUCUGCUCUAUAUGUCCAUAGGCAACAUUUUCAAUAUUUUGGUGGGUUUCCUUGCCAUCCCAAAAAGCAAGCCAUUUCCCAAUGCCAUCAAACCUUACAUGGACACCCCUGAUGUCGCUCACUUCCCUGAUGAACAUUUUUGCAGGGUCAUAUAUGGACUGGGUCCCUACAUUGCCGACUAUCCAGAGCAGGUACUGCUGUCUGGGGUAGUCCAGGGAUGGUGUCUAAACUACUCUGAGUCUUUAGCAGAUGUCAACAGUGAUGGACUGUGCUUGUGCUGGUGCGAGAAACACAGGGAGCUUCUUGUCGAAGAGCUCAAGUAUGGAAAGCUAUGGAAGGAAUAUGGUAUUGUUGGUGAUGUUGUGCCCUUUAUGAAUGACUACCCUCGAGCUGAUAUUCAUGAAUUUAUUUCACCAGACAUUCUCCACCAAAUUAUCAAAGGCACUUUGAAAGAUCAUCUGGUAGAUUGGGUUGAGUUUUACCUCAAGAUUACAUAUGACACUUCCCAUGCUGCACAGAUCAUGGAUGACAUUGACAAUAAUAAUCAGGUCUACCUUCCUGCUAUCAGGGGUCAUGUCCCUGAUGAUGUAGUAUGCACCUUUAGUGCUUUCCUGGACUUUUGCUACAUCAUUCGAUGCAACAUGCUUACUGAGGACGACCUCUUACAACUUCAGGAUGCACUUGAUAGGUUCCACACAUACCGGGAAAUCUUCAAGACAACUGGUGUCACCCUGUCUUUCUCCCUGCCAUGCCAGCACUCAUUAAACCACUAUUUACUUCUUAUCCAGCAAUUUGGGGCCCCCAAUGGGCUUUGUUCUUCCAUUAUGGAGUCAAAGCAUAUCAAGGCCAUCAAGGAGCCUUGGUGCUGCUCAAGCUGGUUCAAAGUGCUUGGACAGAUGUUUCUGAAUGUUAAUAAACCUGAGCAUCGGUCUAUUGAGGGUGAAGUCAGUGAAACGGUUGAUGGACCUGCAGUAGAGGUACAUGUUGACCUUGCAGCAACACCUCAUAAGUUUGUGUGCGCUCUUUGCUGUAGAUGUGAUGUCCAUGCACUUGGUGACAAACUGGAGCUCCCUAGUUUUCAGCAACUGAUCCAGGAAUUUAUUCAUGACCAAGCUCAUGCUGCUGACCCCGACCCUCCUGUAUUUGACCCCGCAUCAGCACCAUUAUUCUUGGAGAAAGUCUUGAUUUUUAAUUCUGCAGCUGUCUCAUUCUAUGCACCUAGUGAUCUUAGUGGCACUUGA